UGUGGAUUUCCGUGUACAGCGCCACCAUUUGAGAAAUAAUCUGGAGAUUACAAAAAAAGCUCAUCGGCUUCAGAUGACAGAAGCCCAGCCGCGUCCUUUUUCCCGUUAUUCCCAUGACCAGGGCAGGAAAUCCCGCCCCAAACACAGCCCAAAUCCACAAUUCCCUCCACUCGGAGUCCAGUCCAUGAUCUUCUACCCUGUGCAGUGCAUUUCCAUAUGGAAUAAAGAGCAAAUCGAGAACCAGAGGAGCAAACAGACCUUUUUGGUACCAGGAGGAGAAACAGCAGCAGCAGCAGCAGCCAUCCAUCAGGAUGGGGCAGCUGUGCAUCUUUACAAUCUUCUGUCUGGCUUUAAUGCUAUUGCUGCAUGAUACAUCAGCAAGCAAGAAAGGAACAAGCAUCAAGAAGCCGACCAACACUAAAACACCUACAUCUUCAAACAAGCCUCCUCAGGGGAGCAAGCCACAGCCCAACUAUCCCAGGCAGCCCAACCAGCAUACCAAUGCAGGCAGUAAUCCUGGGGUAGGGCAUCCCAACCAACAAUACCCUGCUAAAGGAGGUGCUAGUCCAGGAGGAUAUCCUAAUCAGAACCCUGCUGGUGGGAGUUAUCCUGCAGGUGGGAGUUAUCCUGCUGGUGGGAGUUAUCCUGCUGGUGGGAGUUAUCCUGCAGGUGGGAGUUAUCCUGCAGGUGGUGGGAGUUAUCCUGCUGGUGGUAGUUAUCCUGCAGGUGGGAGUUAUCCUGCAGGUGGGAGUUAUCCUGCUGGUGGGAGUUAUCCUGCAGGUGGGAGAUAUCCUGCAGGUGGCAGUCACCCUGCUGGUGGGAGUUACCCAGCAGGUGGAAGUUAUCCUGCAGGUGGCAGUUACCCUGCUGGUGGGAGUUAUCCUGCAGGUGGCAGUUACCCUGCUGGGGGGGGUUACCCAGCAGGUGGGAGUUACCCUGCUGGUGGGAGUUAUCCUGCAGGAGGAAGGUAUCCAUCUGGAGGGCAAUAUCCAGGACAAGGGGGCAGUAGUCCUGGAGGGUAUCCUAACCAGUAUCCAGGAAGAGGAGGUGUGAAUCAAGGUGGGCAUUCCAAUCAGUUCCCUGCAGGUGGUAGUUACCCAUCUGGAGGACAGUAUCCUAGAGGAGGUGGUGUAAGUCCUAACCAGUAUCCUGCAGGGUACCCAGCGGGUGGUGGCUAUCCAGUAAGAACAGCAGGACAACCAGGAGGAUUCCCAGGGGGCUAUCCAUCUUCAGGAGGAGUAUAUCCUAACUGGAAUCCUAACAAUAAAAUCCUUAGUCCACGCUAUGGAGGUGGAUUUGGGGGUCCAGGGUAUGGAAUGGGUGGCUCCCCUUUCUCCAAAUCGGUUCAUAAUAUGGGUUAUGCACCAUCUGUGAAAUCCAAAGGCUUUGCCAAAAAGGCAAUGCUGGCAGCUGGAGUUGGUGCAAUGGCGGGGAUGGCUGUAGGGUACGGCCUGGGUCGAUUUCCACGUCCACACUUUCAGUUCAGCAGCCCCCAAGAGGAGCAUUACUACAACCAUUAUAUGCAGAAGCAGUAUGGCACAAAAUCUACUGAUACCAAUGACUAUGGCCGUGACUACACUUUCAAGCCACCGCCACAAGCCCAGACUUAUGAAAACUAUAUGGACAAGUGCAUGAAUAGAACUGACCUCUUGCGUGAUGAAAAUAUUAGCAGUAUCCAGGGGGAUGGGCCCAUGACUGAGGAGAGAAUUUCUGAGAGAGUAAGCACUGCCGAGAAUGCUACAACUGAAGUUCAGGUCUCUGUUAAGUCCCAAGACAUCAAUGAUGAUACAGUGAGCAUCACAGAGAUUGGUUACCCUGCACUCAUCCAGCAAAUGAAGGCUCGGAGAUGUGUAGAGUUGUACAUGGUAUAUUCUGAAAAAUUUCUGCAGAAACAAACACAAGAGCGUCCCAGCAGCCGCAGUGACACAAACGGACUUUCUGGACUCCUUGUUCUGCUCACAACAGCCAUUUCUGUACUCAGCAGCGCCCUCUUGCUGAAGUGAUUGCAAGGAUAUGGCUCUACAGUGUGCUAAAGGGUGUCAGAUGGAAGAUCUCCGGGUUCAUGAUAAAUUUCCUUGUAUAAACUUUUCAAAUUACAUAUCACUGUCUGACAUAUCACGGUUCACGAUAUUAGCAUAACGCUAUUGUAUGAAACAAUACAGCAUGCUUUACAGCAUGUGUUAGCUAAAUGCAUCAUUUUGACCAAAAAUUAUUACAUAUGCGGCAUUUAACUCCUAAGUCUAAUAUUCAUCCUCGCAUGCUAGCUUCUCAGCAACUAAACUUUAGAUCAAGCUCAUGAGUAUUGCUAGCUAAACAUGCAUCAUUCAUCAGUAAUCAAUACUUAAUAAAAAACAUUUUGUUAAUGCACAUCAUUCAACGAAGAAACUGUCAGGAAUUAUGGUUUAGCACUGAAAAUACGCUGUAUAUCCAGAAUUAUUAUACAUUAUAUAUAAUUCUAUUUUAUUUAUUAACUGUGUAACUUCUUGGUGGAUUUUUAUUAUUUCUAAAUAAAACUAUCAUAUAUACACAUUA